AUGGCGUCUUGGGAUUCAGUUGAGCUCAAGGUGUUGUACAAUGUGUUUGGAUGGGUAGCCUUCGUCUCCUGGUCCAUAUGUUUCUACCCACAACUCCUCUUGAAUUUCAGACGGAAAAGUGUGGCAGGGUUUAAUUUGGAUUAUGCACUGCUGAAUAUGGUAAAGCAGUUGGCGUAUUUGGUCUACAAUGUCUCCAUAUUGUUUAGUCCAACAGUGAAAAAGCAAUACCAUAGAAAAUUUGGGGAUGAUAAGAUGUUGCCUGUUGCUCAAAGUGAUCUGGCUUUCUCCAUACAUGUUGUUCUUGUGUCUGCUUUUUCAAUGUAUCAGAUUGCAAUUUAUGAUCGUGGGACACAGAAAUUCUCCAGAUUAUACGUCUCGAUUGUUGCUAUAUUCUUGUUAGCAGCUGCAGUUUGUGUGUGCAUAGCUAUACCACACCAUUCUUGGUUCUGGCUGGUGUCCUGCUUAAACACAAUUCAGGUUGUUAUGACGAUCGUCAUGUACAAUUAUCGCCGGAAAAGCACGAGCGGGUUUAGCAUUGGCAAUGUUCUGCUCGACUUGCUUGGUGGCAUCGCAAACAAUAUUCAAAUGCUCAUGCAAUCCAUUGAUCAAAAAUCUUGGGAGAAUUUCUAUGGAAACAUAGGGAAAUCAUUGUUGGCUCUGGUGACAAUUGUGUUCGAUCUUAUAUUAAUGGCUCAGCAUUAUCUGCUUUAUCCCACCAAAAAGGCACCUUCGAGUCCUACUGUUGUAAACGUGGAGCUACAAAGAGACAAUGCUGAGCAAUGCUGA